UUAUUCUUUGUCGGAGAAGUAAAAAUGUCAAAUAAAGUGUAUUAUUCAUUACAAAUAGCAAUCAUAAAGUAAUUAAGAACAAGACCAGUGCUUAAAGGUGACACCUAAAAAGUAUAAUUUAUUUAAAACUGAACUUACAUUUACAAAACUGUAGACAAAGAGGAUUACUGAACGGAGUGUGGUCUCUAUUCCUUUCUUUUGAAAUAUUUUCUUGCUCUUUAGCGAAAAUUUGAUAAAUAAUUUUCCAUUCAAUUAUUUUAUGUUAUAAAUGACAAUAAAUUUGGAAAAUAGAAGAAAUAAACAAUAGCCCAUUACAAUAGAACAAAAACUUUAAUUUAUUUAGCGUAGUUGUGUCAACAUGGUGGCCUCUGCUCUUAGUCCAGAAACUCUUCAGAAGUUCCGCAAUAAUUUUUAUGCGGAUCCCAAAAAUAUCUUAGCUCAGAAUGUCUGCACGCGAGUAGAUCCUCUGGAAGUAUGUCUUAACCGUAAACAACUGGAAGAAACCCAACAUAUCGAAAAUGAAGGAAAACCCAUUACGAACCAAAAGAAUUCUGGCCGUUGUUGGAUAUUUGCAAGUCUGAAUGUUGUUCGAAUUCCAUUUGUGAAGCAGUAUAAUUUAGAUGAAUUCGAAUUUAGCCAAGGUUAUCUAUUCUUUUGGGAUAAGAUUGAACGCUGCAAUUACUUUCUCAACAAUAUAGUAAAAACAGCUCGCCGGGGAGAAGAAGUUGAUGGAAGACUUGUGUCGUUUCUGUUGCAUGACCCAACUUGUGAUGGUGGCCAAUGGGAUAUGAUAGUGAAUCUAAUAAAUAGGCACGGACUUGUUCCUAAAAAAUGCUUUCCAGAGUCCUACAGUUGUGAAUCGAGUAUGCGAAUGAACGCUGUUCUUAAAAGCAAGUUACGAGAGUAUACGAAAGUUCUACGUGACCUCAUUUCUGAAGGUGCCAGAGAUGUUGACCUACACAGCAAAAUUGAACAGCAGAUGGCAGAAGUGUAUCGAAUUGUUGGAAUUUGUUUGGGAAUUCCUCCAGAAACCAUUACCUGGGAGUACUAUGAUAAAUCUAAGCAGUAUAAUUGUGUGGGACCAGUGACUCCUCUUGACUUCUACCUCAAAUAUGUAUGUCUGGUAACAGAUCCAAGACCAACUAACAGCUACGGUCGUGCGUAUACCGUAGAUUGUUUGGGAAACGUGGUUGGUGGUCGACCCAUAGUGUACAACAAUCAGCCUGUGGAACUUCUUAUGAAAUUAGCAGCAGAGUCAAUUAAGACUCAGGAGCCAGUGUGGUUUGGCUGUGAGGUCAGCAAACGUUUUGCUGGUAAACAAGGCAUUGAAGAUUUGAAAGUACAUGACUAUAAAUUGGUGUUUGGUGUUGAUGUCACUCUGGGAAUGACCAAAGCAGAUAGAUUGCUGUAUGGUGAGUCAAUGAUGACUCAUGCCAUGGCUUUUACAGCGGUUUCUGUUGAUGCUGAAGGAAAUCCAGUCAAAUUUCGUGUUGAAAAUUCCUGGGGUGAUGAACGGGGGGAAAAAGGAUACCUCAUCAUGACAAGUGAUUGGUUUAAGGAGUUUGUUUUUGAAGUUGUUGUAGACCGUAAGUUUGUACCAAAGGAUGUACUAGAUGUUUUUCAACAGGAACCCAUAGUUUUACCUGCUUGGGAUCCUAUGGGAACUCUGGCCCAUUAAAUCUACCUGAUAUAAGCCCUUGUGUUCUCAAACAUUGAAAUGCCUCCUUAUUUUGUUUGCCUUUUUUGAAGGGAAAUGAAUAUUUCCGUACCUUAGGAAAAGCAUAGACCAUUAAUAUUGUACUACACCAUAGAUAAAAAUCACAGUUGAUUUUGUGUGGUAAUGUGCGAGUUCAAAUUACAUAUAUUCUUACGGUUUUCAUUAGGGCUGUGCUUUGAUUAAGAUAAUAUCAUGUAACUUUGACAAUUGAUUAAUCAGUCACUAUUUUUUAAUAAUGUGGUUAAAAUUAACACAUACAUGUAUAUAGGCAGUUGAAAAUUAGAUCAGUUUUGACCAUGUAAAUACAUCUUGAAUUUCACUAUAUUUUAAAAAUACAGAUCUGGUGAUUAAACUAAUGAAUGAAAGGGUAAUCCGUAAUUUGUUGCUUUCAGAUAAAUAAUAAUUCCACAACAAGGUUUAUUUUCAAUUUCAGAAAUUUGAUAACUUUGGGGUAUAGUGUUUUCAAUAUUGAUUAAAUAAUUGCCAUUACUGUGUGCAAAUCAUAAUAUUUAUCCUUAAAAGGCAAGAGUUGCCUUGACUUAUUAAUCAAUCAUUAAAGUUAUAUAAAAAUCAGUGAGUACAUGUACAAAACUGAAUGCAUGCAUUUCUAAGAGCUUGAAAAGAAAGAUGCUUUACAUUUAUUCAAGAUAUUGCAUAAUUCUUAAAAAAGAGCUCAUGUUGAACAAAGAUUUUUUAAAUUUUCGUUAUGUUUUUAUCUUGAUUUCUUUUCUGAAUUAUUUAAAGUAUCAUAAUUAUCAUAUAAUACAAUUAAACAUUUCUAGGAAUGUGAAACCUCAGCAAUGCAUUUGGACCAUCUUUUGAUAUUUUUCUAGAAUAUUUUUGCUUCUCUAGAGCUAAACUUAAUGUUUAAUGUUUUGUUUAUAAUUUAUGCCUUUCUGCUAUUAGUACUUUGAAUCUCUCAAAGCUUUCUGUUAAUUCAAGUAGUUUGAGCUUUAACAGAUAUAAUCAGAGAUCUUUUUAAUUACAUACAAAUUAAACAAAAUGUGAAGAUGAUUAUUACAGUUUUGGUGAUGAUGAUAUUUGUAUUUUAAAACUAUCAUGCUCAACUACCAUAUGUCUGGAAGAAAUUUAGUUUUCAUUGUAACCAAGGACCUUGCAGUUGAAAUACAUGCAGGGAUAUGUGGGGUGGGUGGAACAAGAAUGUUUUAUAUCUUUCACUGUUAUCCUUCAAUGGAGUCAUUACCUAGCACCCUGAUGAGAAACGAAACCAAAAAGAAAAAAAGGGGGGAAAAAAGAAGAAAUAACUAAUAAUAUACUCUUGUUAUUUACUCACAUCCAUGUUCUUUAAUAAUGUUUCAUUGCAUAUCUUUUAAAGAAAUUUUAAGUUUUUUAUAGGCAACUUUUUCCAAUUAAUAUAAUUUUUAAAAGAAUAAAAUCUGCUCAUAAAUUUAAUUUUAUUAAAAAAUGUCCUACUUGUGGAUUAAAGGUACUGUUGUGACGAUUGUUGUAAUAUAGCUUGAGAAUUACAUUCUGUACACUUGAAAUAUUUUUCAGAAUGGUGCUAUUUAAUUUUUAUUGCAGCUGCUUCAGUUCAUAAAUUUGAUUGAUUGCUCUUGAUAAAUUUGUCAUUUGUUAGUUAAAUUUUUUUAUAAUAUGCAGUGACAUUUUACAAAAUUAGUAAUGCAUCAACACUUCAGUACUAUGUUCACACAUCAGAGAUAUCACUGAUGAAUUAUUUUAACUUAAUAAACUGUCACAAUUAUUUUUUUGUGAUGUGAAAAAAAUGUUGAAUGCUUUUUCUCUGUAAAAUUUUGUAUAUUGUCUUAUUUGUGAUUCAAAAUUACAUAAAUAUUUUUAUGUGUGAGAUUCAAAACUAUACCAGAAGCAUUGUGUUCUUGAAUUGAAAAACUAACUUGAUUAAAAUUGUCAAUGGUUUCUGAUAUUGUUUGGAAACAAUUCUGUAAGUUUUUAUUCUCUUGGUAGUGCAUUUAUGAAAUAAACAAAAUCAUUGCAAAAUCAGCCUCUUAUAAUUUACUAAAAGCUGAUUCAACAUUUUCUUGCUUACUUUUAAGUGUAUAUUAACUCUGCAUUGAGGAUUAUGGAAUCAUUGUACUACUUAAUCCAAUAAAUAUUUGUAAUUUAGUUCUCUUAAAUGAAUUUAUGUGGAGAUUAUAAAUUCUACAGCAAAAGUAAACUAGGUAUAUUGACUGGCGUUUGGUUGUUUAAAGAACCCUGGAGGAUUCUGAGGUAGAACUUAUUUAUUAUGUUCAGAAGUAAAAAAACAAAAACUGGAUCUGGAGUCUACGUUAAUUAACAAAUUGUAGAGAAGACCAACGGUUUUGACAUUCUCAAAACAUGUUUCUAAAAAGUAAUUACAAAAUGUUGAAUGCAUUAAAAAAAAUCCAAAUUUUGUUGUCUCAGUUUUGGAUUCAUUAUUUUUAAUGAGGGGUAGUUAACAGGGAAGAGGAGUAGCUGAGUAUUCAAUAACAACCUGCUUUUUUUCCGUAACAGUAUUAACGGUAAUUGGGUUUUGUAGUUAUCAAUUAUUUUCUGAACUUCUGUUCUCUUUUCAUUUUUUAACUGUCAUUUAAUUCGCUUUUGAGAGCGAAUGUCCGUUAUGAUGUGCCAUUCCCCCUGGCAAAGUUUGUUUAUCUACCUAUAUUUUGUUUGUUAGACAGAAAUGAAGCUUCUUACCGUUUCUUAGUACAAAGAUGAAAUCCUAGUGUAUCCUAUAUUGACUAGUGUUCUUGAGAAGAGCAAUCAAGUUAAAUUUUACGUUGUAUAUUGGUGAAAUGCUUUCCAGUCAUAACCAUUAAUUGCAAUGUACAUUAAUUAGGAAAUAGAUACCAAAGGGAAACUCAGGCUGACCAAUAAAAUGAAGAUAUAAGAGCCUGAAUAGCUUCUGGCUUUUGCACACCAUUAGUGAAAUAUUUUUGUGUACUUAAUUUAUUAACCAAUUUUUGGUAUGAAUUGUGAGAAAAAAUCAUUAAUAUUGUGUUUUUUAAAUAACUGUUCAGAAAGAGAAUUUGAAAUAAAGUUUUGUUUUAUUUCAAAAGAUGUCUUGGAUUAUGCUGUCGCUAUUCUCAAAGCAGUCCUCACAAAUUAGUUGUAUGAGCAUAUAUGAUGAACAGGCACUUCUUGUUUAUUAAAUAUUUAUAGAAACACAAAUAUUUACAAAUUACAUGUACCAAUGAUGAGAUAAGGUAUAAGAAUAUAUGUGCAACUUGUGUAGCAUUAUGUUCUGUUCAGUGUGAUCUGUGCACAAGAAUGAAACUUCCCUCCGGUCAGUGUUAUGCCAAAAAGAUCUAUGUUUCAGAAGGUAUCCACUAUUGGUAAAGACUGUACAUAUCAUUGUGUAUUGCAUAUUACUCAAAUGUAAUAAAUGCAAGGCCAGUAUAUUACACAUCUUAAGCAAAAUGGUUGACAGAAAUGUUCAAAUUAAGAGUAUAAAACAGCUAAUAUCCACAGCUCUUUUAAAUGCAGUGAACAUCUAUUUACAACACAUGGAUAUUAAACUGUAACAUGGAAUGUAGAUAUGUGUAACGCAAUACCAAAGCUAAGAGUACACUUUAUCAUAUUUGUGAUCCCAGUCCUGUCUUAAUAUUAAGUGAUGUAAACCUUCAUUGUGCUAAUAAUGAUAGUAAAAUUGGUUAUUUAUACGCAAGGUUGUGCUUAUUUCUCUGUGAAUUAACAAUUGCAGAAUUUUCACUUUAAACAGAACUAAUCAAUAAUGUCUUCAUUUGUUAUCACAGGAUUUGAAACAAGCUUUUGUAUGACUAGUUUGCAUUUACUGGAAAUGCUUAUAAACCUAGCUUAGAAGACUAACAUUUAUCAAUAAAUGACAAAGAAUG